UUUAAUACUUCACUCGGUCACUCCUCCCUCACUCUCGCCGGAGACGCCAACCGGUCCCGAUGGAGAGCUUCCGCCACCAGCGGUCCCCCGGCUCCGAGCGGUUUCUCGGCCUCUUCACCCCGCCCGACUCCAACGGCUCCGCUGGCGUCGAGCUCCAUGAGGACGAGGUCUUCUGGACCGCCUCCGACCACCCCGACCCGGCCCGCACCCCCCGCGCCGCGAACCCUAACCCUAAUCCUAGCCACGGCCUCCUCUCCUCCUCCUCCUCUAGAGCCGCCCUCCGCCGCCCGCUGGACCGGAGCUUCGGCAUCCUUGCUGCCCUGCCGGAGGAGGACAAGAAUCCGUCCCUGGCGACCGGGGGCCCGCCGUUCCUCCAGCGGACACCGUCGCUCUCCUCCUCCUCCUCCGCCUCCUCUUCGUCCGCCGCCCGGAUGAUCCCGGCGAUCCCCAAGCCCAAGACUGAGUACUCUCUCUCCGUUCCGGCCGGGAAGAUCCGCCACCAGUCGGCGCCGGUCAAUGUCCCGGUGGUCCCCCGAAGGCUGAGGAAGGCCGUCGACGAGCUCGAGGGAGGCGGAGGCAACGAGGACGGGGACGACGAUGAGUUGCUUCCGCCUCACGAGAUCGUAGCCAGGAGGGGUUCGCCGACGACGACCUUCUCGGUGCUUGAAGGGGCCGGGAGGACGCUCAAGGGGAGGGAUCUGCGCCAGGUUCGCAAUGCUGUGUGGAGGAAAACUGGUUUUCUUGAUUGAUACUUGGAACUGUUUUCUUGUGUUGAUGAUAUUUUGGGUCUUCUGGAUUUGGAUGGGAUUUAUGAUUUUGGAAAGAAAAAAGAAUAGAGGAGAAUUUUUUGGUUGUUCAAUGGAAAUAAAUGGGUGUUGCCUUUCUUAGUUAGCAUUUUAUUCUCUAACUCCGUAUUAUAAUUAAGCUUUUUUUGGAAAAAAAUAUGGGUUGUUUGACGAAAAAUUUUGGAGUUUUAGUAGACCAACAAAAACAAUUCUGUAGAUUAGAUGGUGGUAGAUUUAAAUCUCAAGUUGUUUUGCGAGUAAGAAGCUUGUACAGUUCUUUUCGAAUUCCUGCUUCUUUUGUGAAAAAUGCUAUGGUUGAGGUAAGUGAACGAAAUGUUUCUGCAGAUUGAUAACUAGAGUGAUUCAUUUAUGCAACACCUGUCUCAUAGAGUUUGGUGAUACAAAUUUAGGUGAAUGGAUUUGAUUUGGAUUGGGGUUAAAAACCAAUCAUAUUUCAUACUUGUUUUUGUUACUUUAUAUUAUUGUUUUAAGCUGAGUUUACCACUUGUAUGACUAAAUUCAUGAACAGACUCAGUUUAUAGACCAGUUCUUGGUUUGAUUCUUUCCGCUAGACUCUUAUAUAAGUGUGUAAGCUACUCUCAUAGCUACAGAAUCUUGUAUCACUUCCAACUUUUAAUCUGUACUGCUUAUUCAAAGUGGAUGUGAUCCACAGAAUACUUGGAAAUCUGCAAAAGAUAGUCAAAGAACUAACUUUUUUUUCGAUGUUUUCUGAACCUCUUAAUCAAACCUUGAAUAUUUGCACCCAGCGCUUAGAUAUGGUUACUGAUUUGGCACCUGGAGAAGGAUUUAUGUUAUGCGAAGAAAUAAUAGAUAUCGGAAGGAAACGGCAUGUAGUCAUCUAUGUUCAUCAGAUACGUACCAGAGUCCAUGUAACACAAAAGCAUAUUACUGGACCAAAUUAGAUCCUUGAGAUAUGUCAAGUAAUAUGGGUGGAUAAUUUAGCUUUAAAUUCUCUGGUAUAUUAGCAUCAGAAAUUUCAUCUGUGCCAAGUCUGCAAUGCUUUAUGAAAACAGGUUUUCUUGAUUGAUACCUAGAACUUGGUUAUCUAUGAAAUUUUGGAUCCUUUGAUUGUGGAUGAGAUGUAUAUUUUUGAAAGGAAAUGAGAAAAGAUAAUGCUUGGUUUUUGAAUGGAAGUAAAUGUGUGAUUGUCCUUCACUUUCUGUCCGCAUUUUGUUUGCUUCGUAUUGAUAUUUGUUUUGAUUAGGUGUUUUUUGGCAUCAUUUGAUUUUUUUUUAAUAGACUUUUUGUUUGUUUGCUGGGAAACUUUGGAAAUUAUGAUUAGGACCAACAACAACUAUUCUGCAAAUCAGAUUGUAGUAGAUUUGAAUCUUUAGUUCUCAUUUUGCAAGUAAAGCUUGUUGAACUGUUUCCAAACUUCCAAGUUUUAUGAAAUCAGACCAUGGUUGAGGUGGAUGAACAAAAGUGUCUCCAUGAGUUGGUAAUUUAAAUGCUCCAUUUGUGCAAGUUCUGACCUGUAAUAACAUUUGAAAAUAAUUCAAGAGAGUGAUGUGAUCUGGAUAGGGCUUAGAGACCAAUUUUAUUUCAUUCAUUUCUUACUUUCCUUUUUGUUUUUUAAACUCAGUUUACCACUAGCAUGACUUCAUGCAUGAAGUGGCUUAGUUCUAAGACAAAGUUUUGGUUCCUUCUACAUAGGUUCUUUAUAUGACAUGAAGGCUAGCUUCUUAGCUAUAUAAUUUUGAAUUCGUCCCCACUCCAUGAUAUGUAGUCCUUAUCCAAAGCGAAUAUGAUUUAUAAAGAACAUCAGUAAAGUGUAAAAGAGUUGAAUAACAUUACUGUAUGCUAUGUUGCCUGAACUCUAUAAUUUAGACUUAAGUAUUUGCACGCAGCACUUAGACGUCAUUAUUGAUUUGACAUUUGGCAAUAAAUCUUUAUGAAGUAUUCUUAGAUGCUAAAACGUGUGCAUAAUUGGACAGCCACUUGAGUACCACACACAUACCAAGUCUGCGUAUCAUAGAUGCAGGUUAGAGGUUAGAGGACCAACUUAGCUCCUUGAUAUUAAGUAAUAAGAGUUUACACUUAAUCAUGAAAAUAGAAGAUAAGUUACCCCUUAAUGGUAGAAUUUUUCAUUUUGGAAACCUUAACAUACUCUAGCCUCUCUCAGUCGGUAGGAAACUAGGAAUCCUUUUCUGGUUCUAGAAUGCAGUGAUAUGGUCUGUUCACCCUUUCUGAUAUGGUUUCUUGAAAUUAAAAAUCUAAUAUUUUGAUCCAAGAUGUAGUGUGAUUAGUUGGCGGUUUAACUACUACUUUUUAUUGCAAGAUGAAGAGCAAACCGAAGGGAAUAAUUAGCAAGGUGCCUUGUUGUAUCUAACAUCUAAUGUUGAUGUAUCUUCAACCAAUAGACAAUUAGAAGCUAGGAAAAUUGGAUCACUGAACUUCUGUUUAUGUGAAAAUUAAGAAGAGUAGAAAUCAUAGGUUUUAUUAAUCUGAGAUUCUUGGCAUUUCUGUUCUAAAUAUAUUUGGAAAGAAAACCUAAAGUAAUUAUUUUCAGUGAUUCAUGAAUAUGGUGAUUCUUAGAUACUUGUUAUGACUCUAUUUGAGAUCUUUAUUGCUUCUUCUAAACUGAAACUCAACAAACUAUCCUCAUCCCAUCAAGUAUAAAUGUUGGAUUUAUGGAUCAUGUAGUGCCAUUUUUUGUUCGAGGUCAGGUUCUACAGUGUGCAAAGGGUUACUAAAUAUUAAUUUAUCACUUCCUUGAUUAUCUCGUCUAACCUCCAACCAGGAUUUGAGCCGUUCCACUCUCCCCUUUUCACUAUCAUCAAGAUUGCAUUUGAUGAAUGUUGUCAAGAGUUGAACUGCUCAUUCUAGACAAAGUUAUUGAAUGCUCAAGGUGUGUUGAGGUGCCUAGAUCUCCCCAAGACUAGUUGUGAAGUGCAAAGCAAAUUGCAUGUCCUGGUGAAAUAAGGUGAAAUACACAUGCACGCGCCCAUGCAUAUACAUAUAAUGAAUUCAUCAUGUUAAUAUAUUUGUUAAUAAAAUUGCACAAUCAAGCCAAACAUGCAUAAAGACACAUAAAAACACCUAGAUAACUUGAACUACACUCAUAAACAGUCUCACAAAUGUAUGCAUAAUCAUCACAGUGAAGAGUGCAUGCGCAUAACACAUCUGCAGUCAGGCAUUCAUAUGCAACACAUAAAAAUCAUGAAAGCAUGCAUCUUUUAUGGCAUGCCUAAGGUAUAUUGUUUUAAUGCUUUGAUGAAGUUGCCCUCUCUUGAGGCUAGGGAUGCCAUUAACUAGAUUCAAAGAUACCUAUCAAAUUGAAUAUAGUAAAAGAUAGUAAAGUACGAGGAUUCUCCAAGAAAAGAUAAAAUAAUGCAGAAAAGUGUAGAACCUUACUUGAGGUUUAUUUUGUAUAUAUAUAUAUGUAUAUAAUACUGAUUCAAUUUUUCGUAUUUGUCAGAAGUCCAAUAAGGUUGCAAAGGUGCAUUACUGAUUGGGAGGCAGAUUAGUAUGACCAACUAGAGCUAGAUAGUAUUUUACCUGUCGAAGGUUCAAAACCAUAAACCCAUGUUAUAGAAGUUGACUUUGUCAAAAUAUUAGUUAGGGCUGGUAUUGGUACAAACUGGUUGUGCUGUAUCACACCAAAUUGUGUUUUAGGCCAUUCUUGUUGUGGAAUCCUGAACAUGAUUGUGCCUUGUAAGAUCAUGCCAGACAUGCAUAACAUCUGGAUCACAAUACUCAUGCUGGUGCUCCUUCAUUUCUUGAUGUGGGACAAGGUAAAAACCCUUUGGUUUUAUGUCUUCUUUUGGAGCAUUGUUAAUUGAUAACUAUGUUAGCUUCCUACCUUGGAAGUCAUGUGCAGGAAGACACCAAUUCUUUUCAUUGACAAAUAAAUUGUUGUACAGUAACUUGUUCAGAUCAUAUGAUUGUGGGUCAAAAGAGUUAGAGGGACCCGACUUCUCAGGUACUAUUACAAGUGUUGUCUCCUUAAGCUUUCUUCACCUUGAGCAUCGUGCUUGGUGUUUUUGUUCCUAUUUUGUGCUAUUCAGUAUCCAGUAUUCUGUUGUAAAGUUGAUAUUAUCUCACUAAUUUGAAGCUAGGACUGAUAUCUACUGCCUGUUUGCUUCAAAUAACAUCCAAUUACACCACCAAUUACAAUGCCCUACACAUGCCUCAUAAAUCAAUUGGAUCAAUCAUGGUUCUUGUAUGCAAGUCAUUUUCCUGCAUCAGAACAAAAUUGGAGCCAUUCAUGUUGUUUAUUAGCACUUUGUUUGAAAGUAAGAAUGCUACACAUAUUGCUGGGUGUUUUCAUAGUGUCGUCUUAACUACAUGUUGAGCUUUAAUGUGAUAACAUUAGGUGUAGUUAAAAAUUCUAAAUACCAGAAAUGUUACUGAACCACGCCACCAAUCCUCUUGAAUACUGAGUGCCACUAAGCUGAAGCAUUGAAUCUACCCUAAGGAUCUGGCUGUAGAAUAUACAUAAACAAGGAGAUUAAACAUUGAAUAUCCUUAUUCUUCUUCUACAUGCCACAAAGUGGGCAUUGAGUGGAUCAUAUGUUUUGAGAUAUGCGAAACUUCAUGGUACUUUUUAGCUUAUGUUUUUAAAUACUUUCAUACAUCACAGAAGUCCAGUAGUAUAAACACUAUAAUAUUUCAUGAAGAAUCUUUGCAAGAAAACCUUGUGACAGAUGUGAGCCUGGAGCAGUGUUCUGGUAACUUUGCUCAUUCAUCAUUGAUACACCAUUAUUCUUAGCCUCUUACCGGGGUUGACACAUUCAGCCUCUUUUGCUCGUCCUUGAAUGUCAAGCACAAUAAAUUACUGAAUCUCUAUUUGGAGAUUUUUUUUUGGGUCAAAAUUUUUGUUCUUGAUAUAGCAUUUUCUUGGCAAGGAUCAUGAAGCCAUUUCAUGUAUCAAAAUUCUAAUGAACUCGACGUGGCAAAAUCAAUCUUUGAGCUAAUUGGCAUUCCCAAAAGAAGUGCAGUUCAUACUCCUGCACUUCUUUGAGGUUUAACUGCAAACUACCCGUGGGUUCAUAAUAUCUAUAUUUAGAUUCUUGGUCCUAAUGCUUUAUGCUUGGUGGCUGAAAUUUUCCAUUUAGGGUGGCAUGUCUGCUUUGCAAUCUUCUCAAAAACUUAUCUCGCAGCCGCUUCUUUAACAUUAUUUAUUUAUUUAUUUAUCUAUUUAUGCUAUGAGAACACCUUCCCUCAACUUAUGCUGUCACAACCACUGCGAGCUGCAUGCAUAUGCAGCAUUGAGCAGAUAUUGACAUCAAAUGCUCUGCAUGAGGGUAUGCAGCGCAAUAUGCACAUGCAGCCUCCUACAUGACUAGAUAUUGAUGUAUAUAAUCACAUUUUCUUCAGCAUGGAGGUCAGUUUAGUCAUCAACCAUCAAGCAUGAAUGUUAUUUUAGUCAUGCAUCAUGACUAGCCCAGUGGGCAGGGGAGGAUGAGUUGGAGUUUAUCAAGAUAAUGCUUCCAAAAGUUUUCUAAAUUGAGUUUGUUUUUUUUUUUUUUUUCUUUUGGAGGGACAAUGCAUAAGCGCCAUGCCAAAACUAAGGUCUGUAUUUUAUUACACCAUUAAAGUCAUCAAAUAAAAGCUUUGAAAACUCAACAGGAAGCCUACUGUUCACUGAAAGCUGGAUAUUUCCUUCUAUUGCGGCUGCAGCCAUCCAGUCUGCUGAGCGAUUCCCUUUCUCGAUAGGUAUGAGUGGUGUGAAAUACAAAGAGAAUUCUUUUCCAUGGCUCAAGUCUUGAAUCAAUGGUUCGGGGAUUCUGUUGCUAAAUGUGAAUUGAGUUGUUUGAUGUGUUAGUUCUAAGUACAUAAACCUAGCUCAUUCUUUUUUAGGCUAAUUUCCGGUCACAUGAAAGAGAUAUCUCAGUGUCGUGAGCCACGUUGGUGUAUGUAUGGGUCAUAAUUUGUGUUGAUGUGUUAUAACAUAUUAAUUGCACAUUAUUCUUAAUGUUCAGUGUCUUGAGCUGUUGUUAUAUAUAUGCAAUCAAUUAUUCAUA